AUGGGCUCGACGAAAGCGCGGCAACUCAGGCGAGCCAGGGAGCUGGCGGAGCAGCAGGCGGCGGCGGGAGCCGGAGCGGGAGCGGCGGAGCGGCUGCCGCCGGCGGCGGGAGCGGCGGUAGCCGAGCCGCAUCGUCCUGUAGCCGAGACGCAGCGUCCAGAGGCGGAGCCAUCCUCCACGCCUCCCGCCGCGCCGCCGGGCAAGAAGCGCAAGCGCAAGGACAAGCCACCACCCGCCGCCGCGCCGCCCGAGGCCGGCUCGACCGUCGGGCCGUGCAACGUGUGCGGCCGCGUGGGCCACCUGGGCCGCACGUGCCCGACCCGCGCGUGCCGCAAGUGCGGCGGGUUUGGCCACAUCGCGAAGCACUGCGCCGGGCCAAAGGGCGCCGGGUGCAGCCACUGCGGCUCGCAGCUGCACGCCGCGGCAGAGUGUACCUUUGGCGCUCUGCCGGGAGAGCGGUACCUCUUUUGCGCGCGCGAGGCGGAGGCGGGGGCGUGCGGCUGCUUCUCGCGCCACUUUGUGAUUCCGAUGCGGCUCGCGCGCACCGACUUUGCGCCGCGCGAGCUCCGCCAGGGCAGAGUGGACUCGCGCAGGAUGGACGUCGGCUGCUCGUGCGUCUCUGCCGCGCUGUUCCGCUCGCAGAGCCUGCGGGGCAACACGUGCGUCUCGCUCUGCUUCAAGGAGGAGGCGCAGCGGCUCGAGGUGCGCGGCGCCUCGAUCCGCCGACUCCAGCCCGACGACUUCUCGGUCGCGGUGCGGCUGCACGCGGCGAUGGCCUCGCCUGCCGGGCCAGCGGACGGGGUCGGGCCGGGCGGCGAGGUGUGCGACGCGGCCGCGUACUCGCAGUCGGACCGGCGAGGCUUCCUGCUGAGGCCGGGCUCGACGGAGGAGGCCGUGCGGGCGGCGCUCGCGGAGAGCGACCCGCCGCCGGCCGUCCUGCUGCUGCACGCGCGCGGAGAGCCGAUCGAGGCGGCGUGCGCGCGGCUGCAGCCGCUGCUGCGGCGGCAGGCCGGCGAGGGAGGCGCGGCGCGCGGCGUGGUGGUCGUGCUCGGCGACGACCGCGGCCUCCUCGACGACGACGAGGCGCUCGUCGCGAGGCUGGCGGGCGAGGCGGGCGCGCCGCUGCUGCGCGUCUCGCUGGGAGGUGUGGUGCUCUUCUCGUCGCACUCGAUCGUGCUGCUGCACCACUACCUCGACAAGCUGCUGCACGCGUGCGCGCUCCGCCCCCCGCGCGACCUGCUCGCCAAGGCCAAGGGGGUGCUGGGAGGGCCCAGCUACAAGGGCUCGUACAAGGGCUAG